UGACAUUGGACCGCCUGAAUAUUGGUAAACUGACUUCCUGAAGUAUACACUCUUCGUCCCGUUCAUCCGGACGUCUGGAGAAUGGCUGGGAAUGUGAAAAGGUUUUAUGACCUGACAGCUAAGCUGCUGUCUGGAGAAACCUUUAGUUUCGCUGCACUGAAAGGGAAAGUUGUUCUCAUUGAGAAUGUGGCGUCUCUUUGAGGAACAACAACCAGGGAUUACACUCAGAUGAACGAGCUCCAGUCUCGUUAUUCCGCCAAGGGACUCGUUGUUCUGGGUGUUCCCUGCAAUCAGUUUGGAUAUCAGGAGAACUGCAAGAAUGAUGAAAUCCUAAGAUCUCUGAAGUAUGUCCGACCAGGGAAUGGCUUUGAACCAAAGUUCCAGCUCCUUGAGAAGGUGGUUGUGAAUGGAACGGAUGCACACCCCUUGUUUGUCUAUCUGAAGGAAAAGCUGCCUUUCCCCACUGAUGAUACCAUGGCUCUCAUGACUGACCCAAAGUUCAUCGUUUGGAGUCCGGUGUGUAGGAACGACGUCUCCUGGAACUUUGAGAAGUUCCUGGUCAGCCAUGACGGAGAGCCCUACAAGCGCUACAGCAGAAAUUUCCCCACAAUUGAUAUUGAGGCAGAUAUUAAGGAGCUACUCAAGAGGGUCAAGUAAAGUGUGUUACGACACGUUCUGCAUGGGUGUAACGAAUAUCAGUUGUGAUCAGCGUAGCCACAAAGAUUAAUCACUAGUCAACCAUCUGUUUGGGGUAUUUCGUUGUGUUGCAUUUCACAGUCAGGUUACAGAACAACUAUGUGAUAUUUCCAGUGCAGUACACUAUGGUUGAUCAGCCUUUUUACUUAAUGAAGACACUCCUUGAAGCCUUUAUGUGAGGGGAGUUUCUGAUGAAGAUGUAAAAGACUGACUCGGCCACUGUGUAUAACUCAUAUCACAAAUAUCUUCAUAAAUAGGAGAAAUAAACAUUUCAUGUCA